UUUCAAGCAACAGAUCUUCUGUGGAUACAUAACUAAAAAAAAACUUGCACGACAAGUGCAAAUUAAUGUAUGCAGAUUUGACUAACAAUGCGCAAGCUAUUCACAGAGAUGGUUAGGAAAUGCAGAUAUUGCAGGUGGGGCACGCGAUAGCAAUUUUCAAACUUCAGUCACUUUCUGUAUAAACUGCUCGAAACAUCACAUAGAGUCCAACAUUGGCAGGAUCCAAAUUUUUAUUCAAAUAAAGGAAGAAGAUACACACUUUCGAGAAUGAAAUUUUCAAUAACCGCAUUUUUAGUAGGAAUAUUCUAUUUAUGUGAAGGAUCAGAAAAACCAAGAAAAUUCGUAAUAGACACGGACGCUGGAGGUGAUGAUGCAUUAGCUAUUAUUUUAGCAUUAAAAUAUGAAGGAAUUCAUAACAAAGAAAUUGAAAUAAUUGCAAUUACCUGUACCUAUGGCAACACCGAAGAAAAAAAUGUUGAAACGAACGUUUUAAAAAUUUUAACCACUGCUCAAAGAAGUGAUAUUCCUGUUUACGGAGGGGCAGAAAAAUCUCUAAUACGUGAAUUUAAAGGUACCAAGUUUUUUGGAAAUGAUGGAUUUGGCGACUUUAAAUUCGAGGAAGAAAUCACAGCUGAAAUACAUCAAUCUAAAUAUGCAGCUCUGGCUCUAAUAGAAAUGGUGAAGUCCAAUCCAGGAGAAGUCAGUAUAAUUGCUCUUGGACCACUGACGAAUAUAGCAUUAGCAAUAAAACUCGAUUCAACUUUUAUUCAAAACGUGGAUGAAAUGAUUAUCAUGGGAUCGAGCGUUUCUGGAGUUGGAAAUGAAAGUCCUAAUGUUGAAUUUAAUUUUGCUGCUGAUCCAGAAAGUAAUUUUAUAGUACUCAAUUCUACUUUAAAACCAUGUGUUUUAUUGCCGUGGGAAACUGUCUCAAAUAGAGAAGUGGGAAAGGAUUGGCGAAAUAAUGUUUUUGGGAAACUGAACUCUUCAAUGGUGAGUUUCUUGAAUAAAGCAGAAGCAAUUGGUAUCGCCAAAUUAUCCACUUGGUCAGAAGUAGAUGCUGUAGCUAUUGCUAUAAUACUUUGGCCUAAUAUGAUAAAAAAAUUUCUCAUCACAAAUGUUACGCCAGUAUAUGAUGGUGCGGCAAGAGGAUCAGUUCUUGUUGAUUAUUGGAAUGUAACUGGAAAGCCACACAAUGCAAAAAUAAUUCAAGAAUACGACUUGGAACUUUUCAAGGCAAAAUUAUUGCAGUAUUUUUCUGAUCUCUAAAGAAAUGUUCUAAGAAUUCUUCAAACUUGAUAUUAGCUUAAGAGUGCAGCUCGGCUCUCACAUUUGAGAGCUGAGCUGCGCUCACAAGCCAACUUCACGGUGGCUCUAAUCUGUUCCCAGAUAAUAGCACUGAAAAUUUUCUUUGAAGCACUACGAAAAAUUGACAAAAAAAUGUUUUUCGUUUUGUUUUGAUUUUAAUGCUGUUUAUAAUAAACAAAGCAUUUUCUUCUAUCUUUAAACAGUAGUUUUAUAACAAAAAAAAAAACAAAUUUUUAUCAAGCUGAAUUAUCCAAAACCAAAUAAUUUUUAAAAAAAGUAAUUGAAUCCUAGACCAAAUAGA